GCGCGGGGCAUCCAACCCACCUGGCCAUCCACUUUGAAUCCCAUCAUCUGCGACGACUUCCUGACGAAUUGAACGACUACGUUGUUGUAUCUACCUGUACUCGAAGACAUCCCUCGCCCCCCUCUUCUCCUGCGAAAAGCGCAGUUCGCCACAACCACCGACUGCGCGACGCGACGGCCUGCGCACGGCAAGUCCACGGCAGUCCACGGCGUGUCUUUGGUCCUCGGAGCUGUUCGCAGUACAGCCUGAGCGCGGAUUGGAGCGGUCAGAUCCACCCGCCUCACACAGCUUGACGUGAACCGCAGCGGGUUAUCAGAGACAGUACGCGCACGAACGCGUCUCGAAGCUCAGCAAUGUCGCACUACCCAGAGGCGGAUGAGGCCCAGCGCGGGCAAUACAACGAUGGCUACUCCUCAGGGUACUCAUCCUACAAUCCAAAUCCCUACGAGACGCACCAGGCGGCUCAGCCAUACCAGCGCAACUCCUCACCAAACUACGAGCAAGAACACCAACCCUACCAACCCCUCCAUGCCGCCCUGGACCCGUUUGCAGAACCACAAGCCCCACAUCCCAGUCUCUACCACUCCCCGCCGCACCAGGCCGCGUACCUGCACACAACUUCUCCCCCACCGCAACCCUCGUACAUGCACACCACCUCGCCUCCACCUCAGCCCUCGUACAUGCACACCUCACCGCCGAUGCACCCGAUGUCCCCGCCCCUUCACCCAGGCUCGCCUCCACUCGGUCAGCCAGAUUAUCUGAACUCGGGAUACGGGGGAAUGCACACCAGCACUCCCGGGGCGACCUUUCAACCUUCUCCCGUGUCGCUGUACGACCCGGGCCCCGUACUGGAGCACCAGGAGGAGCCCGACGACGAUCUGAACGACGGAGGCGACUACCCGCUGCUGCGAAGGGACACCGGACACUCGUCGAACCUGCCGAUACCCGGCGACUACCAGGCGGUCGCAGCCGACGAGGAGGAGAGCAACAUCCGGUACGGGCGGAUCCCGCAGCGCGUGCCGCGGCGGUACAAGACGAUCAAGAAGGUCGAGCUGUUCCAGGGCAACUUCGUCGUGGACUGCGCGGUGCCGACGAAGCUGCUGGACAUGUGCGGGCUCAAGGGUGACCGCGAGUUCACGCACAUGCGCUACUCCGCGGCGACGUGCGACCCGAACGACUUCAAGGACUCGGGCUUCACGCUCCGGCAGGUGCACUAUGACCCGCCGCGCCGGACAGAGCUGUUCAUCGUGAUGACGAUGUACAACGAGGACGAGGAGCUGUUCUGCCGGACGAUGCACGGUGUGAUGAAGAACAUCGCGCACCUGUGCAAGCGCGAUCGGAGCAAGACGUGGGGGAAGGAGGGAUGGAAGAAGGUCGUGGUGUGUAUCGUGUCGGAUGGACGGCUCAAGAUCAACUCGAGAACGUUGAGUGUGAUUGCGGCGAUGGGCGCAUACCAGGAGGGCGUUGCGAAGAACGUCAUCAAGAACAAGCCCGUAACUGCGCAUAUCUUCGAGUACACUACCCAGAUCUCCGUCACGCCCUCGAUGAAAAUUGAAGGCGGCGACCGCGGCAUCGUCCCAGUGCAGCUCAUCUUUUGCCUCAAAGAACAGAAUCAGAAGAAGAUCAACUCGCACCGGUGGUUCUUCAACGCGUUCGGGCCCAUCCUCCAACCCAACGUCUGCGUCUUGCUCGAUGUCGGCACCAUGCCUGGCCCCACGUCCAUCUACCAUCUGUGGAAGGCGUUCGACAUCAACUCGAACGUCGGCGGCGCGUGUGGUGAGAUCGUCGCGCUGAAGGGCAAGUACGGCAGGAACAUGUUCAAUCCACUCGUUGCGGCGCAAAACUUCGAGUACAAGAUGUCGAACAUCUUGGACAAGCCGCUGGAGUCUGUCUUUGGGUACAUCACGGUGUUGCCAGGUGCCUUCAGCGCGUAUCGGUACAUCGCGCUGCAGAACGAUCCCACGGGUGAAGGCCCGCUGCAGAAGUACUUCUUGGGUGAGAAGAUGCAUGGUGCCGGUGCUGACAUCUUCACCGCCAACAUGUACCUCGCGGAGGAUCGUAUCCUCUGUUGGGAGCUUGUGUCAAAACGUGGCGGUUCAUGGCUCUUGCACUACGUGAAGUCUGCGUAUGCCGUUACGGAUGUCCCUGACCAAGUGCCAGAGCUCAUUUCGCAACGGAGACGAUGGCUCAACGGUUCCUUCUUCGCGAGCAUACACGGGACGGUCAAGUUCCACUACAUUUACCGUUCCUCGCACAGCCUGCUUCGCAAGUUCUGGAUUCACGUGGAAUUUAUCUAUCAGACAUUCAAUCUGUUCUUCUCCUGGUUCGCUCUCGGCAACUUCUACAUCUUCUUCGUCAUUCUGACCGACUCACUUGAGGACUCGUCGCUGGGCUUGAGCAGCGCGAUCAAAUACUUUAACAUCGUGGUGAACUACAUCUAUCUUGGGCUACUCAUCAUGUGUUUCCUCCUCUCGCUCGGCAAUCGCCCUCAGGGCUCGAAGUGGGCAUUUACGUUCGCGAUGAUAGGGUUCGCCUGUAUCACGAUCUACAUGACGGUUGCGGCUGCGUUCCUCGUUGUCAAAAGUAUACAGAACCUGCAAAAAGAGACGGGUGGCCUCACACUGAACGAUCUCUUCACCAACGCGAUAUUCCGUGACAUCGUCAUCUCGUUGGUGUCUACGUAUGGUCUAUAUGUCAUCGCGUCAAUCAUUCAUUUUGAGCCAUGGCAUAUGAUCACGUCCUUCCUCCAGUACCUGUUGUUGGCACCAUCGUACAUUGCGGUACUGAACGUCUACGCGUUCGCCAAUGUUCAUGAUGUCUCCUGGGGAACGAAAGGCGACAACAAGGUUUCCACCGAUCUCGGAGUCGUACAAGUCGCCAAGGACACGAAUGAGGUGGAGGUGACGAUGCCAACACAGAAGGAGGACCUGAACGCGAUGUACGAGGAUGCGAUCCACGUACUGCAGACGAAGCCCCCGAAGGAGGAACAAAAGGUAGACGAGACGACUGCACAGGAAGAUUACUACAAGUCGUUCCGGACAAACAGGGUCCUUCUCGUGUGGACAAUCUCCAACGGUCUGCUAGCAGCCAUCAUUGUCACCCUGACUGGCAAGUCAACCGAAUCCAAUGCGGAGAAGACAGUCGAUGGUUACCUGGCUUUCAUCCUGUUCUCCGUCGCUGGACUUGCGUUCGUCCGGUUCGUCGGAUCAACACUCUACAUGCUUGUCCGGUUAUUCGCAGGAGAAUGAGUAGCACCGAAGGGGGCCGGCAUCUCUCCAAGAUCUAAGUGCUUGGCGUGCAUAGGCACGAUGAAUCAUGAAUCGACGACAUCUAAGUAUUAUCGGACUUUUGCUCUCUGUUGUGAUGCUCGCAAUGAUUUAUCAUUUACUCACGAACUCUACCUCUACGUAACACGAUUGGCGCUGUCUUGCUGUUAUACCCUGUACUCAACCAUCGAUGUCUGUUUCCAUCUUGAACAAUGAUGUUAUCGUCGACGUAUUCAUGCAGUAUCCAAGACGCAUCGUGAUCCGACUUCGGGAAUGCCAUCAUAUGCAAUGCAGUCGCUCAAAA